GGAAAAGGGGAAUAAAAAAAAACCCGAAAAGAGGUGGACGUGCUUUGAUCAUCUUGCAUUUUCUGCUUCUCUAGUUCGGAGUUUCUGCUCUUGGGUUUCCGAUCUUUGUCUUAUCCUGUUUUCGUUUCCCCUUCAAGCUUGGAAAUUUUUGUCGGCGCUUGUUUGAUCUUUUCGUCCGAAGCUCACGAUUUUUUUCUUUGCCUUAUUGCACGUUUGCCGCAGAAAUUUCGUCUUAUUGACCUUUUUUUAGAAAAAAAAAAUCACGGGCAUUGCAAUGUUGUUGUUGACCGCUUCCGGUUUAUGGGUUCCUGUGACAUCUUGAGACUACUGUUCGGUCUGGGCGUUUGGUGCACUGCUUACGUUACCGUGGCAAUCCUCUCGUCUUUUAGGAUCCUCUACUCGAUUUGCUUCAUCUGAGUUGUCGGAAAAGAUAGCCCUUUUUCUUGGAGAUAGUUCAUCGAUGGGUUAUGCACAGCUCGUUAUCGGGCCUGCGGGCAGCGGAAAGUCGACUUACUGCUCUUCUUUGUAUCAACACUGUGAAACCGUCGGGCGAACGAUGCAUAUCGUUAACCUUGAUCCUGCUGCCGAGAUCUUCAAUUAUCCCGUGGCUAUGGAUAUCCGGGAACUCGUUUCUUUGGAAGAUGUCAUGGAGGAGCUGAGUCUCGGCCCCAAUGGCGGUCUCAUGUACUGCAUGGAGUACCUCGAGGACAGCUUACAUGAUUGGCUAGACGAAGAAUUGGAGAACUAUAGAGAUGAUGACUACCUAGUUUUUGAUUGCCCAGGCCAAAUAGAACUCUUCACGCAUGUGCCUGUACUCAAGAACUUUGUGGAGCAUUUGAAGCAGAAGAACUUCAAUGUUUGUGCUGUUUACUUGCUCGAUUCACAGUUUGUAACAGAUGUAACCAAGUUUAUAAGCGGUUGUAUGGCGUCUCUUUCUGCGAUGAUCCAACUUGAACUGCCUCAUGUCAAUAUCCUCUCAAAGAUGGAUCUCCUGAAGGAUAAAAGAGACAUUGAAGACUACUUGGAUCCAGAGCCUCGGGCAUUGUUGUCGGAGUUGAACAAACGGAUGGCUCCCCAAUUCGCGAAGUUGAACAAAUCUUUGAUUGAAAUGGUGGAAGAGUAUAGCAUGGUGAGUUUCAUACCGCUCGACCUGAGGAAAGAGCGGAGCAUACAAUAUGUACUGUCUGAAAUCGACAACUGCAUCCAGUUUGGAGAAGAUGCCGAUGUAAAGGUUAAAGAUUUCGAUGAAGAUGAGGAUUAUGGUGAUGAUGAGUCAUGACAGAUCAAUAGCUCCUUCAAGUUCAAAAAAACUUUUUUUUUUUUGCUCAUUGUUUUGAUUUGAAGUUGCCUUGUUUGAUUGAGUACUUUGAAGUUUUAACUUGUAAGCUCUUGCGAGUAGCGGAAAACUCCAUCAUGUGCAGAAAUGACAAUGUACCCUUUUGUCUAUGAUUCGGAUUUUGGCAGGGCUUGA